CCCUCCUGCCCUCUGGCCAGCUCCUCCAGUUUACCUACUGCCUGGGGCUUCUGCUUAGAGGCUUUCUUGCUGGUCCCCACCCCAGCCACGGUUCCCGGGAGCACUAGAGAAAAGGACUGAUAACUUGCGGAGUUACAGAAGGCAGAAAGCACAAGGGCUGCCAAUGAGCAGUGAGCUCCCCGUCACUGGAGAUGUUGCCUGUGGAGAACCAGCCUGCAAUCGAUGGACUGGCCCUUGUGGGCCAGCUCUGAGCACUGCCGUGCCCAACAUUGCCCCUGAGCCUGCUGCCGAGGAAGCCCUUGCCUCUGGCCCUCACCAUUGCCCUCGCCUGCUGAUGGCCUCUGGUGCCAGGCCUGGGGUCAGCCCUGCUGACUGAGCCCCCUCCCCACUCCAGGACUUGCUGUCCCCCAGUGGGGUAACGUGACCAAGGGCCUGUGCAUCGGAGACUUCCUGUGACCUCAGCCCCAGGGCUGCCAGAGUUGGUUCCAUUCAAGUUCAGUCCUCCUCCAGACCUUGGGGGUUUGGGGCCCAUCUUGGAGCAAAGGGGACUGUUCCCCAAUGCCAAGAGAGUGUCCCCAGCAAAGGACCCACCCUGGACAUUGUGUGGUGGCCGCAUUCACUUUGGGGAUUUUUAAAUGUUCUUUGCUGAAUUUUUAGGUGGUUGUUAUCCCCUUUAUACUCAGCCAGCUCUGAGAAACAAGAGUUUGGAAUUGUGCAUUUUAUUUUAGGGGACUGUUUUGCUCCUUUUUUGAGGGAAGAAGUUGGGUUUUCUUUUUUAAUUACCCAAACAUUGGGCAGCUUCCUUUCCCUUUCCCAAGUAUUUGUACAAUAUUGGUUCAGGGUGUGGGUGUGGGUUUUUGAAAAUCCUUUCUCUCAGACAAGUACAAGGAUCUUGCUCUACUUGGUUUUCUGAGGCUGGUGGGGGCUCAUCUGGCUGUAUCCCAGCCCUGUCUGCAGCCCCCUCCUGCCUUGCCCUCUGCCUUCGGGGAGGCAUGGCUCGAAUGAACCGCCCUGCCCCGGUGGAGGUGAGCUACCGAAACAUGCGCUUCCUUAUCACGCACAACCCCACUGAUGCCACCCUUAGCGCCUUCAUGGAGGACCUGAAGAAGUAUGGCGCCACUACAGUGGUACGUGUAUGCGAGGUGACCUACGACAAGGCCCCACUGGAGAAAGACGGCAUCACUGUUGUGGACUGGCCAUUUGAUGAUGGGGCACCCCCACCCAGCAAAGUGGUGGAGGACUGGCUGAGCCUGCUGAAGGCCAAGUUCUGCAAUGAUCCUGGCAGCUGCGUGGCCGUGCACUGUGUGGCAGGCCUGGGACGGGCUCCAGUUCUGGUGGCACUGGCCCUCAUCGAGAGUGGGAUGAAGUAUGAAGAUGCCAUCCAGUUCAUCCGGCAGAAGCGUCGUGGUGCCAUUAACAGCAAGCAGCUCACCUAUCUGGAGAAAUACCGGCCCAAACAGAGACUGCGGUUCAAAGACCCGAACGCACACAAGACCAAAUGCUGCAUCAUGUAGCUCAGGCGUUGGCCAGGCUUGGGGCCUGUGGUGGUUCACCUCCCUUGUCCUGCUGACCUUCAUCGCCUGUCUUCCUGUGCCUCGGUGCCCGUUUUCCGGGAGUCAGGCAGCCAUGUGUUCCACGUCUUGACCUCGUGUGCCCCUCUCCUGCUCACGGAGUCUCUCUGAGCCUGGUCAGCUCCACCUCUGGACCUCCUGCCAGCGACCUCCAACAACCCCACCCCUACCACAGGUCUCCUCUCUGGCCUGGGCAUGGUGGUGGGUAUAUUUUUAACCACUGGGCCCAGCCCCUUGGUGGCGGCCCCUUACCCUGCCCUGUUCUUGGCACCUUAAAUUAUUGGAUCCUGGAGCAAUCAGAUGCUCUGGAUACUCAAAGGCAAUAAAACAGGAACCAUG